UCAAAGCAUAUAUGUUUUACAGUUAUACGAACAUCUGAAAUGUGGCACAGGUGCCUUACAGUUGAAAAAGAUGCCAUGCAAAGAAGCAGAAAAUCUGUAAAGCCUGCUGCACAGAGACAGCCUGGUUUUACAGUCUGGCAGGAGGAUAGCCCUGUCCUGAGAUUAGGGGAUUGAGCAAAAAGCCAGCGUCCAGAAUUGCGGGUUUUUUACAUAACAGCUUUAGUAAAUAUCCUUUAGGACCCAGUGGAAAUGUUUGGUGAAGCAAACUUCACGAGUAAUGGCCAAUCGUUAAGUGGUGAUGAGGGAAGAGCUGGGAGUGAGAAGCCCCUGAAAGCCUGUCAAAACCAUCACUUCGGGAAGGCAGCAUUUCUGCCGCUGAUAGCCGGCGAGCGCGCAACAGCGGAAUUAAGAGUUGAUUCAAUGUUUAAAGCCGGGGGGACUGGUGCUGCAGGAGGUUACUGGAGUGGAGAGUGCUCGGUUCCUGUUACCAGCAGGAUGCCUUAUUUUGCAAAACUGCUUUUAUUAAUCUUCUGCUUAGUUCUUCUUGUGGAAAGCAGAAAACACAGGAGGAGGAGGUGGACAAGCCAGCUGGACGUGCAGAGGGCAAGUCACAUCUACAAAAGGAACCAUGACGUGACCAAAACCUGGAAAGGAAAGACAGAGCAGCUUCUCAGGGUCGAUGACCACGACUUCACCAUGCGGCCAGCUUUUGGAGGCCCUGCAAUUCCUGUUGGGGUGGAUGUGCAAGUUGAGAGCUUGGACAGUAUUUCUGAGGUUGACAUGGAUUUCACUAUGACUCUGUACUUAAGGCACUACUGGAAGGAUGAGCGUCUCUCAUUUCCCAGCACCACCAACAAGAGCAUGACCUUCGAUGGCAGGCUGGUGAAGAAGAUCUGGGUCCCUGACGUCUUCUUUGUGCAUUCCAAAAGGUCCUUCAUCCAUGAUACCACCACAGACAACAUCAUGCUGCGUGUGUUCCCUGACGGUCAUGUCCUCUACAGCAUGAGGAUCACAGUGACAGCAAUGUGCAACAUGGACUUCAGCCGCUUCCCCUUGGACUCUCAGACGUGUUCUCUGGAGCUGGAAAGCUAUGCUUACACUGAUGAAGAUCUGAUGCUGUAUUGGAAAAAUGGGAAUGAAUCUCUGAAAACUGAUGAAAAGAUUUCUUUGUCUCAGUUUCUAAUACAAAAAUUCCACACUACAUCAAGACUGGCUUUCUACAGUAGCACAGGGUGGUACAAUCGCCUCUAUAUAAACUUCACUUUACGCCGACACAUCUUCUUCUUCUUGCUCCAAACCUACUUCCCCGCCACCCUCAUGGUCAUGUUGUCCUGGGUGUCCUUCUGGAUCGACCGACGAGCAGUUCCUGCCAGAGUCUCUUUGGGGAUAACCACUGUGCUGACCAUGUCCACGAUCAUCACUGGGGUGAAUGCCUCCAUGCCUCGUGUUUCCUACAUCAAAGCAGUGGACAUUUACCUGUGGGUCAGUUUUGUGUUUGUCUUCCUCUCGGUGCUGGAAUACGCAGCUGUGAAUUACCUGACUACGGUGCAGGAGCGGAAGGAGAGGAAACUGCGGGACAGGUUUCCAUGUACAUGUGGAAUACCUCAUGCAAAAACUAUGAUGCUGGAUGGAAACUACAGUGAAUCUGAUGCCAACAGCCUGGCAGGAUAUACAAGAAACCAGAUGGUCCCAGAGGAAGAAAAACAAGAAAAGAUGGUUGUGCACUUAACUAUGAGCAAUGAAUCUAAUUCAUCAAGGAAGAGAGGCCUGAAGGGCCAUGUGGGCUUGCGCAUCAUCCAGAACACUCAUGCAAUUGAUAAAUACUCAAGAUUAAUAUUUCCAGGCACUUAUAUAUUUUUCAAUUUGAUAUAUUGGUCUGUCUUUAGCUAAGUCACUGCAAUGAGUGAAGCAGAAGGCAUUUACAGAACUCUCUUUUGUUAGUUCUUUUUCAGCCUAAUCUGGAUGAAAAGCCAGAAAACUGAUUAUUUUAUUGCUUCUUUGGAGGGUAAAGGGGAGGACACAUCCUCCAGCAGGCAACUCCAUGCACAGACAUCACGGAGGAACCUGUUGUGCUGGUUACUUUCUAGCCCACACCCCAGCUCCUGUUCGCUUUAUGACAAGUGUAAUUUCUCAUACUUGAACAUAUGUGCUCACCAUUCACCCCAAAGGUGCUCUAUGUUCUUUUGGGGACGGCCACACUGGUGGUGCCUGCUGUGCAAUGGACAACCAGAGACAGUGCUCACAUGGGCUGUCACAGGUUAGACAAAUGCAACUUGCAAGGGAAGGUCUGGAGAGUGCAUCUCCUAUAAGGAACCUAAAUGUGGCCUUUCCUUUCCAAAUCUCUGCUUUUUUAUUUUUCUUUGGCAUUGUUUUUUUUUUUAAAGACCUCCUUUCAGGGACCAAACUCUGCUUUCUCCGGAUAGGAUCUCAAUCAAUACCAUUAAGACAGUCUUCUAGCCAGGAUCAGCUGGGUUGGUUACACGGUGCAGGUGGUAUGUUUGAGUUCGUGGUCAUGUUUAUUCUGGAUUGGAAGUAAUGAGUGAUGAUGAUGCAGAGCAAAGAAGGCUGCAGAUUCACAGAAGACGGCUCCUAGGGUACAUGGGUAAUGAAAACAGGGAGGUUUACACAGGUGUUCUCUAUAUAACUUGAGCACAGCAUGUGGUAUGUAGCAUCUGCCCUCUAAAAUGAGACAGG